AUGAAUAGUGUUCCGUUUGUUGAACACUCAGCUUAUUCAUUUUUGACCGCUCCACCCGAUUUUUCAAAUUUAUUUCGUCGUCAUUUUGAGGUUUGGCUCUUUCGUAUUUGAUAAAAUAUUAUUUUUUGAUAAGCAUUCUUUGUCGGUCAUUCAAUAUAUUUUCAUUUUCUUCCAGCGAAAAAGUAUACGAAGAAUGAGCUUCGAGGAGGUUGAUCAAUUUAUGGUAAGUUGUGUAUCAUCUUAUGCAUAAAAUGCAUGUUCCGAUAAGAGGUCACCUCAAUCAAUAUGUCUGUCUCUCUUUUCCUUCUGUAUUUGUUCUAUCUAUUUUCUCUCCUGUUCGUGUAAGUUUUUCGUUUUUUUUUAUUUUGGAUGCAACAUUUUAUUUAUUGCAAAUUUUCCUCCCCUUAUAAAAAACGAAAUCACUGAAAAUUUGGCGUCACAUUAAAUGUUUCCAUCAAUAAUGUGCAAACACCGCUUCGUUUUUUGAAAAAUCAAUGCGCGUUGCGAGACAUGGGAGAAAAAUUGUGUGCGCCUUUGAUGAGGGGUACGGUAGAAGUAUUUGUGAAUUUUUAUUUAUUUAUUUUUUUUUUGAGGGUUUGAGCGCUGCAAUUUUUGGAACAUCUAACACGCUUAUUGUAACUUCAGGGGAUUUUUUUCUUCAAAACGGGAACUCCACUCUAACUUUGACUUUGAGAAUAGAUCACUUCAAAAGUAUAACAGUUGGGAACCCUGAGAAUUCUCUCUAACUACACUUCACGAAGAGUAUACUAGUCCAAACAAAAAAAAAUAAAAAUUUUAUAAAAUUAAUUUAAAAAAUUAAAUUUGAAAUGUCACACAAACUUUUGACACGUUCGUGAUAAGACCCAAACCUAGUAUGUGUUGUUCCUUUAAACAGACUACCAAACGCUUUCUUUCAUUUUUGCUGAUUCAUUUUCUCAUUUCAGCUGCACUUUCACUUACAUCAAUUUUGUUUGUUUUUUCAGAUGAGUAGCAAUGGUGGUAAUAUAUUUACACGAGGGCUAUCAAGAAUUUCAAGAAGAAAGAAGAAGCUGAAACCAAUUCAAGAAGUAUUUACCGACCAAGAUCGUUCAUUACAAAACAACGAUUUCAGCGCCCCUUCAAUGUCAUAUGAAAGACCGCCGUUAGUUAUAUUUUAAUAGGGUACAAUAUUAAAGUGGCAGUCAUUAGAAGAGGAAGAAGAUAGAGGAAAAUGCGCUCUAUCUCACUAACCAGACGCACUUUUCCUUUUUUCUUCUUCUCUUCGGCCAUCGUCAAUUAUUUUUCAAUACGAGUUAGUCUGUCGCCAAAAACUUUUCUUCUUCCUGCAAUAUAUUUACUUAGGUUCAAUUCUUUUUUCCGCAAAAAGUUUCCUUUUCUGUUGAAAUGUUUGAAAAAACAGAAUAAUGACGAAAAUAUGCCUUUUGUUAUUUUCGAAGACAAUGUUGUUUUUUUCUUGAAAUUUUUCAAAACAAAAAUUAAUCAUUGAUUUUGCAGAAAAUUGAUGGAUCGGCUACGACGAUCUUUACGAUUACCGCGACGUCGAGAAAGAAGUAGCGAUCGACAAUUAAGUCCACAAUUAACAGGCGGUUCAAAACAAGAACAAUGGCAACCUGAUGAAUCUGCAGUUCGCGCUGGUUCAUGCUUUUUCAAUGUCAAAUAUCUUGGCGCAGUUGAAGUUUUCGAGUCACGUGGAAUGACAGUUUGUGAAGGAGCACUGAAAACAUUGCGAUUAUCUAGAAGAAAACCAGUCAAAGCAGUGCUUUAUGUGUCAGGUGAUGGAUUGCGUGUUGUUGAUCAGGGAAAUUCUCGUGGAUUACUUGUUGAUCAAACUAUUGAAAAGGUUUCUUUCUGCGCUCCGGAUCGAUUAAAUGAACGAGGUUUUGCGUAUAUUUGUCGAGAUGGAACAUCAAGGCGAUGGAUGUGUCAUGGAUUCCUAGCAAGUAAAGAUUCCGUAUGUUACUUUUUGCAAGAAAAGCUAUUUUUGUUUUCAACUAUUCGCUUUGAUCGAAUAAUCGAAUUAAAUCGCCAUACCACAUUAUUAUUUUUUCACAUCAACACUUUAUGUUCGGCGAACCAGAAAAAACUUUUUAACACGCAAUUCGUUUUUUUUUCUUUCAGAAAGGUGAAAGGUUAUCUCAUGCUGUCGGAUGUGCAUUUGCAAUUUGUUUGGAAAGAAAGAAAAAACGAGACGAAGAGAAUGCAACAUGUUCAACGACAAAUGGAACUAAAAGUGCUGAUGUACUGAAUCCGAGCUGGAAUGACGAUGAACCAUCGAGUAGUUCGGCGGGAAUGGCAACAAGAUCCAAUUUGGCAUAUCAGUCAUUUAGAAAACAUGUUUCUAUUGAGGAUCGAUAUCUUGUAAGUUUUAUCAAAUGACCCGUGGAAACGUAGAACUUACAGAUAUUAAAACAUAGAAAAAAAUGUCUGAAAUAAGAACUAUUGAUUUUUGUAAGACAUACAGAAUAAAAAAACUUGGAAAAAUCACAUGGACUAAAAGAAAAACCUAGUCCAAUCGUUUGCAAUGAUGAAACAAUUUCCACGGCCUUUUAAUAAAUUUCUUCAUUUUGAAAAUGAUUUCGAAAAAAAAAAAUUAUGCAAGAACGUGUUAAAUUUUACGUGUCCUCGGCGGAAAAUUUUCUUUAUCUGUUCAUUUUCGAAAUCUCAAACAGCAUGUUUCCAGGAUCCACAAUCUGUCAUAAUCAACGAAGUUCCUGCUAGCAAUUUCAAUGAAGAGAUCAAACAUAUUUGCAAGCCUCGUCCAACAUCAAAUCCAGCACUUUUCCAACGACAAGGCUCUCUUCGAGCUCCAGAAGCUCCUUCAAGUCAGGAAAAUUUCAAACGAAUGAUGUCGCUUCGAAAUGACUCAUCAACUUCUACAACAUCAUCCAGCAGGCAUUUUUCACCUCAAAAAGUUGGUUUUUUUCACAUUUGUCUUUUGUCAUAUUGAAAAAAGGAGCGGGUUGAAAUAGAAAAAUUAGCAUAAGUCCUAAGUCUAUAUAAACAUUAUAAAACAACAAACGUUUUUUUUGUUCAUAUGGCAAAAAAAUUAUUGAAUGAACUGAAAAACUAUGGUUGAUACUGAAUAUAUUCGUGCUGUUGCACAUUGUAUUAGUCAUCGAGCUCGAAUUGGAGUGGCUGAGAAAGUUAGAAAAUUGAAGUUGGCUCAUUCGAGAGCAAGAUUGCGAUCUUAUACGCAAGCUUAUGAAAGAUCUGAAGUUCUUGAUGAAUAUUUACCAAGUUUAUAUAUUCGACAUGAUUUUGAUAAGCCAAGAAAUCUUCAAUUAAGAAGAAAAAGUUUGGAAGAUGAAGAUUAUUCUUACGAUUUGGAUUUACCAAAUGUUAUUGAGUUGAAAAUCAAUGUAUCAUUAUAAUAUUAUAACUAUCCAUUCAAAAACUAAUUUGAUUUGUUCCAGAAAAGCCUAUACAACGAGCCAAUCUACGAAAGAGACGAAGAUCCACUCGGCCUUGGUCUUUCGCCUUCUUCAUCAACCUACGUGAAUCCAGUUGAUAACAAUGGUUUGAAUGGGCUUGAUUUGAAUUGGACCAACGCUGCUCCACUUCCUCAUCCAACAAAUCUCAUUGGGACACAAAAUGGAGGAGCUGGAGAUUUUGCGAAUUGGCCAACUGAAAAAUCAAAUGGAGGACUUCCGUCGCCACUUGAUGAGGUUCAAAAACAGUUUGAAGAGAUGAAAACAUCAACUUCGAGGAAUAAAGCUGAUGAAUGGUUGGAUGAUGUUUUGAGAGUAUCAAUGACAAUGUCGCCGACUUCAAAUGUUAGUUUUCGCAAUCUUUUUUUUAAUGACGUCGCCAAAAAAAAUAACAAACGUUUUCUCACACAAAAAAAAUAAUUUUUGUAAUUUUUUCCAGAAAUCAUCCGCGGCUGUAACUCCCUCUACAUCAUUUUCCAAUUAUUCGCAACUCGAAAAUGGAACAAGUUCAAAAUCUGGUCCGCCGCCAGCUCAUGCGCCACCACCAUUGCCUACUAAACAAGCUAUUUCGAAUGGAAAUCCAUCAAUGUAUCAACCGGUUAGUUUUUCUUUUUUGAAAACCUUUGAAGUGA